AUGCAUUUCUUUACACUCCCAAUCCUUGCGACGAUCGCAACCUUCACAUACUCAGCAGUCGCUGCACCAAAAGCAAAGCCCCCAGCGUUCUUUCUAGCCGGUGACUCGACCACUGCCGUGCAAUCAGCUGGUGGAGGAGGCUGGGGCGACGGCUUCCUCAACACCACCCUCAAGAACGGCGCAACAGGCAAGAACUUCGGCCACAACGGCGCAACAACCGUCUCCUUCCGCGCUGGCGGCGACUGGGCCAACGUGCUCGCAGCCGCAAGAUCCGCUGCAGCAAAGUACAGUCCCUACGUGACGAUUCAAUUCGGCCACAAUGACCAAAAGCCCGAGAAGAACAUCUCCAUGGCCGACCUGACCGCCAACCUCGUCAAGUUCGUGGAUGAGGUCAGGGCUGUAGGCGCAACACCCAUCUUAGUUACGAGCUUGAGCAGGCGGAAGUUUUCGAACGGCGAAGUCGUAGAGUCUCUUGCGGACGUCACAGCUGCGGCCAAGAAGGCAGCCUCGAAGUCGAAGGCGGAUAUUAUUGAUCUGAACAGCGCGAGCACCAAGUACUUGAACAGCAUUGGCGCGGACAACGCUGCAACGUACAACCUCAACCCUACCGACUUCACGCACCUGAAUGGCGAGGGUAGUGUUGUGUUCGGAAACUUGGUGGCGACCCUGAUUGAUGCGGAGGUGCCGGAAGUGAAAAAGUAUGUCGUGCCGGUGAAGGAUGUGGCGGUGGCGUUGAAGGCAGGCAAGUACAUCUUCCCUGCGGCUAAGUCUUAG